GCAUGUGUUAUCAGGCUCUUGACUAACAGUCAAAGCGCCUGUCGUUUUGUCUCUGCGCAAUAGUUCUUUUGUCCGCUUGCACUCUCCAGCCGGGCCCGGGCUAGAGGCCCUCUGACAAACAGACUGUGCUGUCGACAUCAAUUAGCGAACUGCAGUAAGCCGCAUUUCCAUAGUUGGCAAAGGCGACCGGCAUGGCCGCCCUCCGAGCGACAGCCUCCGCUAGCGUUGGAACAAGGCAGCCGACUGGGCUCACGCCGUCGCGGGUUGCAGUGUCUCGGAGCCCAACACUACGAUGCCGGGCAAACGUGCAGACGGAAGCUAGCCGGCCGGGGCCGCCCCCACCCCCGCCUCCGCCACCCCCGCCUCCGCCCGCACCGUCGCGUCGUGGCUUCCUAGGGUUUGGGGCGGCCGCGGCGGUCGGCGGCGCGGUGGGCUACCUGCUGGGCUCCAGGAGCGGCGGCAGUGAGGGCGGUGGCCUUUCGGGCGCGGAGCGGGCGGAAGUGGACGAACUGCGGCGUGAGCUCAAUUUCCGGCGGGACUAUGACGGCCACGUGUUUGUGAAGGAGCUGCGCAGUGGCAAUUGGUGGGAGGUGCGCACCGACGCCAAGCUACCAGGCACGCUGCUGCUGCGUGACCCCUCCGACAACGUCUACUUCAUCACCUACAACAACAUCCAACAGGUUGACCUGUCGGAUGACUACGUGGUUGGGUCGCUGUUUGCGGGCGGCGACUGGACGUCGCUCGUGCAGAAGAUCCAGGCGCGCGACGAGAGCGGCGUGUCGGGUGACGUGAAACUGGGCAAGGAGGCGUUCCGGGACUUGAUCUCCAUUAUGGACUGAACCGCGGUGGCUGCAGGCGGCCGCCAGAGCAUGCCACGGAGUGUGGAGAUGGAAGAGUGGGAGGCGUGGGGCGUGGUGGAGGAGCGGCUGGGUGUGUGGGAGGAAGCGGGGCUGGAGCCGUGGGAGGUGCGGCAUGGGGACGGGGGUGGUGUCGGGGCAGGGCGGGUGGCAGGAGCAGGGGUUGAGGCGGGCGUAGACGUGGUGGUUGAGGGCGAUGAUGCUGUCCUCCAUUUCAGGCGCUGGCAGUGGGAGGCGUAGCUAGGGUGCCCUGUGGUUCGUGCCUGUGUUGCACUGAACACAAACACGACGCUGUGACCUGGACCGUUGACGUGCAAGUGAGCACCAGGGAAGAAACAGGAAGGGCUGUUUAUGCAAUGCGGUGCAGCGCUGACGUGUUUGUAUACCGGCUUGAGUCUACGGUAUGUGGGUGCUUUGGCUGUGCGAGUACGUGCGCAUGUGUAUGAGCACGCGCACCAAGGGUGGUGCACGCCGUCGACAGUUUGUUAUGGGUGCGGUGUUGAGCCCCUUACUCUUUUAGGGUUACACACGCACACAUGCGCCGUUGCGUUACAUAGCUAAAUAGAUGAAGGCAAUUGUCCCCA